AUGUCACAAAAUUCAUAUAACUUACCUACCUCAUAACAUUAAAUUACUAUUUUACAAUGUUACUUUAUGAAAAAUAGUUCAAACCGAUGUUCUGAACGACUAUGUCGGACACAUCUCUGCUCAAAAAUCACUUACUGAUAUAUUCAUGUGGUUCAGAAGUAUAUGCCGGUCCGUCCUUUUAGGUGUACCUAUCGGUAUAACCUUUCUUGACACAGUAGGCUAUGUGGCGAGAGUGGAGGGCAUAUCCAUGCAACCGGUACUCAACCCUGAUUCUAAAGACACGGACUAUGUAUUUCUUUCAAGAUGGGCAGUCAGAGACUAUGAUCUGCGAAGAGGUGACGUGAUAUCUUUGGUGUCGCCGAAAGAUCCUCACCAGAAGAUAAUCAAACGCAUUGUUGGGCUGCAGGGUGAUGUAGUUUAUACUUUAGGCUACAAAUCGCAGUAUGUGAAGGUUCCGGAAGGCCACUGUUGGGUGGAGGGUGACCACACUGGCCAUACCUUAGACAGCAAUACUUUUGGACCGGUUUCGCUCGGCUUAGUCAACGCGAAAGCAGCUUAUAUAGUCUGGCCACCAAAUCGAUGGCAAAAACUAGAAGGAAAGCUGCCAGAAAAUAGAAAACCAAUUGGUCCAGCUAUAGGUGGUAAUUUAUUAGAAAAAUAGUAAUAUUUAGAAAGCAUUGAUUUAUAAUAAGUGAUAGGAUAGACAAGUGAAUUUAAUUUGAAAAUAUCUUAACACGUCUCAAUGAAAUUUAGUGAUGUAGUUUUCAUUUUAAUUUAUUGCCUGUAAAUAUUACAUAAGACCGCAAUCAUUGUUUCUUGACAACAUCAUAGGUCUCAGUUAUAAAUAGGCUCUUCUCAUAUACGAUAUUAUGUACUUAAUCUUAUUGCUGCCAAUUCAAUAUCAAUGCACAAAAAAAUGUUAACUUCAUCAUAGAACUAUAUAAAGUGCUGUGUUGAUGAUGAUUGUCUAUCAAAAUUUUAAUUUAUAAGAUUGAAAUGCUUGUAUGAAUAUUAAUUCUUGAGUAAACAUUAGUUAAAUUGAA